GAAACAAUUUCUCUCCAUAAUUCUCCACCACAAACUUUGUGGAUAUCAUCACGCUGGUUCCAAGUUCCACUUACACGUCCUGAACUCAUUUCAUCUUGAGGAAGAUAACUAUCCAGAAUGGGCCAUUUAAUUGCAGAAUUCUCUUCAGACGAAAUGGAAACUAGGAUUCAUUGAUGGAUCCAUCACUAAACAAACUACUGUACCCAAUUUGAGUUUAUGGCGAGCAGAAAAUUCCAUGAUCCUUGGCUGGAUCUGACCUCUAUUGACCCCAAGCUUCGUUCCACGAUGUAUUUCAUUGCCAAAGCUUCAACAUUGUGGGAAAUCCACCGCUCGCGUUUCUCUGUGGAAAACGGUGUCCGUCGUCAAGUCCUGAAAGAUGAGAUUGCUGACUGUAAACAGAACGGUCAAUCGGUGUUAGAAUAUUAUGGUCGACUCUCCAAACUCUGGGAGGAACUGCAAAAUUAUAAAACUGGUCGUGUAUGCACAUGUGAUGCUGCUCAAGAUAUCACUAAAGAACGUGAGGAUGAUCAUGUGCAUCAGUACUUAUUCGGUUUGGACCUUCCGCGUAUUACCAACAUCCGUUCCACCAUCACCGGUGAAGAUCCCCUGCCUUUGCUUACCCAGGUUUAUUCUCGAGUUGUUCGUGAAGAGCAGAAUCUUAAUGUUGCAAGGUCCAUGGAGGUAACCAAAACAGAUGCUAUUGGAUUCAUGGUCAAAACAGAGCCCUCUUCACAAGUUGCUGCUGUUUCUGGACAACGAUUUCGCGAUCGUUACACACUCUCUUGCACUCACGGUCGCCGCCAAGGACACGAGGUUUCCGAAUGUUUUCUUCUUCAUGGAUUUCCCGAUUGGUCUUACGAGCAGAAGGGAGGAAAUCGUCCUGACAACAGGGAUACUAUGACUCGCUCAGUUCAACGGGGUGGUCGUUCGUCACAGGGCACUGGUCGUGGACGUGGCCACGCUAAUAAUGUUUGUGUAACAUCCCCUGACCUUGGGAACAAUCAGAUCACCCAACUCAUCAACCUCCUCGAAUCUCAACGCUCCAACACAACCUCCAAAAAGUUGUCGGGUAAAACACGUCUAACUAAUGUUAUAUUGGAUACUGGUGCACCACACCAUACGACCGAAGAUUACUCGAUUCUAGCUGAUGAUGUGGAUAUAAUACCUUUCCAUGUGACCAAAUCGGAUGGUCAGGCUUCACGGGCUACUAAGCGAGGCUCUCUUCCUUUGAGCUCUGCUUAUUUACUCACUGAUGUGUGUUUUGGUCCAUAUUUUAAUUGCAGAUUAAUCUCUGUUUAUAAACUCUUGAAACAAACUGGUUCUAUAGGGAUAUUACGGAUACUCUAUCUUUCUUGCAAGAACGUUUUUCAAGGACUUUGACUGGAGUAGGUGAAGAACGUGAGGGAAUGUACUAAUUUACUGGAGUGUUAGCUGCUCGUUCUCAUAAGGUUUCGGCGAAUACUUCUUCGGAAGCUUUGUGGCACCGUAGGCUUGGUCACCCUUCUCCUACUUUUUGUCUUCUUUACCCGAUUGUGUCUUUCCUAGCGGUUUUGGAGAUCUUAAAAGUUGAACAAACACAAGAAGUUUUUCCUGAUAGCCUUAGUAAAGCAUUAGAUUGAUUUUAUUUGGUUCAUUGUGAUGUAUGGGGUCCUUAUCGCACCCCGUCUACGAGUGGUGCCGUUUAUUUUCUUACAAUCGUUGAUGAUCACUCUCGUGCCGUUUGGACGUAUCUUAUGUCCGCCAAAUCCAAAGUACCUAUUCUGAUCUGUAAUUUUUGUGCAAUGACGAGACGACAAUUUGGCAAAGUGGUCAAAUCAUUUCGCAAAGACAACGGU